UUUUGCUGAACUAUACACUUGACGAACGUAUUACGUCCUAUUCUAGUAUUAAUCCGUCUUCUGGAAGAGCAGAGAAGGGUUACCGUAGUCGCGAAUUUUAAUUUAUCUUGUGCAAAAUGCAGGGACUGUCAUUUUCAAGCCUGAAGAAAAACCCAUCAUUAAUUCCCUUGUACAUAUGCUUGGGAGCAGGGGUAGCGGGAGCGAUCUUUUACACGCUUCGACUCGCUACCCGAAACCCUGAAGUUACGUGGAAUAAGAGAUCCAAUCCCGAACCUUGGAAUGAUUACUCCAACAAGCAGUACAAGUUUUACUCGCCAGUGAGGGAUUACUCGAAGAUUGAGAGCCCCGCACCGAAGUACCAGGAAUAAUAAUCUCGUGUUAAAGUUCUAGUUAAGUGAUACUGUGUAUCUUGAAUGCAGUGUGUAGAAAAUGAUAUGAUACAAUGAAUCUCACAUGUAGAGGUUCCAGUAGGUCUGAAAUCUUUACUAAGCAUGUAAAAAUAUUUAUAAGUUUUCUCAGUGAUGAUUUUUGAAUAUUAUGACGACUAAUAAAUGUGUGUUACUGAGCUGACCAUUCCAAUAAGUA